AUGGCUUUAUUUCCAGCAGGUCCUGAUUUGAGGAUUGUGAUGAUUGGAAAAACUGGUGUGGGCAAGAGCGCUGUUGGAAACACCAUCCUGGGAAACAGAGAAUUCAAAUCUUGCCCUUUAUCUGGGUCGGUGACUGAGGUCUGUAAAAAAGGUGUGACUCAGUGGGGUAAUAGAGUAGUUAGUGUUGUAGACACACCAGGGAUCCUGGACACUGCAAAAUCAGAUGAGCUCAUCAAAAGAGAAAUCGUCAAAUGUGUUGAAGUCUCCUGUCCCGGUCCUCAUGUGUUCCUGUUGGUCAUCCAAGUGGGUCGAUUCACCAAAGAAGAGAAAAACUCAGUGGAAGCCCUGCAGGAGCUGUUUGGCCCCGAGGCAAACAAGUACAUGAUUGUGCUCUUCACCCGAGGUGGUGAUCUUGGAAGCAUGACCAUAGAGCAGUAUGUACGUGACGCUGAGGAAGGGCUAAAGCGCAUCAUCGAAAGCUGUGGAAACAGGUUCCACGUCUUUGACAACAUCAGCAAAGACAAAAAGCAGGUGGUGGAGCUGGUCAAGAAGAUUGAUAACAUGAUGGCAGCAAAUGGGGGCACACACUACACAGACGCCAUGUACAAGGAGGUGGAGGAAGCACACAGACUGGGAUUGACACUGCAGCAGUACAGGUUCACUGAGCCGCUGCUUAAGCGUGUCAGACUUUUUCGCAUUCUUCUUGGGAGAGAUUAA